AUGAUGAGCCUUCUUGCCCACCGUACACCCUCAUUGCUCCUUUUCGGCGGCAUUCAAACCGCUAUGUGGACCUGGGUGUGGAGUCAACAGGAGACGUCAAAGCUGAUCUCUGGUCCCCUCCCCUCCGCUAUCCCGAAGGGCCAUAUUGGACAGGCUCGCUUCCAGCGCCAUGCUCACGGGACCUAUGCGUACGCAUAG